CUGUUGAGCGGACAAAACUACUAUUUAUACAUACAGGACUUGUCGAGCAAGCGGAUGAUACAUAUCUUGUAUACAGCAUGGUGCAGCGCAUUGGAAAACUUACAUUGUUCAUAUAGUUUUGAGCUUUUGAAAAUAUAAACUAGUUGGUGAUAACGAAAUAUUGGACAGACCACGGGAGAACUCCCUAUUAUACAGAUCCUCGUUGGAUUUUACACGGCUACUCAAAUCUUCAUCCGACCAUUUCGGGAGAUAAGCGAUCGGGACUUGAGAGUAAAUUUUCACCAGUUGUUGUGACUUAACUGUGUCUAUUUACGAUGGAGGUAACCAGUGAACAACACGCUGCCUCCUGGUUGCGAGGGCCCGAGGCCCCACGGAACUAUCCCGAGAACACCUCCGGAUUGCUGCCAUCAGAAGAUAUUGGGGACAUGUUCACCCCCCAUUUUUUGGACUCUAACGGGGGUCACAUGAACCCUGCGGGGUAUUACCCCAACCCCCGGGCGAUGGGAUACCGACCUUCUCAUGUUACAGGUGGGAGUCAGGUGUGCAGACCACAUUUCCACAACCCCCUCCACAGCUGGUUAACUGACAGUAAAUCCAUGGUCCCCCACGCCGCCCAUCAGUGGAUGAGUCCCUUCGCUGGCAAGUCACUCUCACACCCAAAUCCGGCCGCGCCCCUCUCUGUUCACCCGGCUACCUCAAACGCUUCCAGUUCCUUCAACUUCCCACCUACUCCACCCAAAGACGGUACUCCUGAAAAUGUUGCCACAUCUACAGAAUACACCCCGGAAAACAAACCGUCACAAAAACACGACUCCCAGGAAAAUGGCUCUUCCUUCUUUGGUAGUCACGGGGGAAGCCACACCGCACACCCAGUCCCCACGUACCCCUCCUUCGGGAGCUCGGAAUACCCCAGCGGCCCCCUCGGUUUCCACGCAGCCAGUGUUUUUAAAGCCACCUCUGCACUAUCCCGACCCCGCACAAAGACAAGAUCAAGUGCAGUAUUUGUUUCAGAAGGAAGAGAGUGCGUCAACUGUGGGGCUACAUCCACGCCUCUUUGGCGGAGGGACGGAACGGGGCAUUACUUGUGUAACGCCUGCGGUCUCUACCAUAAAAUGAACGGUCAAAACCGACCCCUCAUCAAACCGAAGCGACGUCUGUCCGCAGCUCGAAGAGCAGGAACAAGUUGCGCCAAUUGUGGAACGUCAACAACGACGUUGUGGCGACGUAACGCCAAUGGUGAUCCAGUGUGCAACGCAUGUGGUCUUUACUACAAACUCCACAACGUUAACCGACCGCUCACUAUGAAGAAAGAUGGUAUUCAGACGAGGAACAGGAAGAUGUCAACUAAAAGCAAGAAGAAGGGAAAAGGUAUGCAGAUGGCCGACUUCCUGAAACCACUCGACAAAACCUUCGGUGGAUUUCAUCCCAACAUGAAUGCUAUGCACGCCCCAAUGCCAACAUACAUGGGCGGUAGCUCGUCGCUUGGAGGGUCGUACAUCUCCCCGGGAUCGUCUCACAUGCAGGGAGCAGGAGGUAUUGGACAUGGUAGCCUUGGAGGAGGAUUCAAUAACUUUUCAUCAUCCAUACCAUCAAGUUUUGCAUCAUCAUUUUCAAGUAUUCCAAGCAUUUCGUCGUCAGGCUUUUCCUCGGGAUUAAACUUAUCCACGACAACAAAUAUGGUGGGCGCGAUGGCGUGAAGGUGAUCGGUAAAAAACCCGCCGAUAAGUGCACGUGAACAAUAACGCGCAAACUCCGGUCAGCACAGGCCGGGGUCAAUAAUAGCGUACUCAGGAUGGACGGCGCUCCGGCCUCCAGAGGCCUACGCUGGAGCGUCAGGGUCUAGUGGGAAAGUGUGUUCGUUAGAUCGUGAACCGGUGCGUUUUUUCUUUUGCCUGAAACACUCUAGCUAAUUCCCUUGGACAGAACACAGUCUGUCAUACGAUACCCUCGCUCACGAGAGGUAACGAGAAAAAAUAUACGAGAGCUGUUUCAUCUAAUCCUGAGAAAUGACAACAUAGGUGUUUCGAAUGCGUGCGAACGUCUCAUCUACAGUGGAAGGAUCUCAGUCACGAACUACCACUGCAUAGAAAUAUUGUUAUUGCCACGGAUUAUGACAAUGCUGGACUCUAUCCGGAUCUCCGAUUUCACCAGCGCUCACCUUAACGUGAUUUCUUUGAACAGUAAAUCUAGGUAGUGAUAUGUGUUGUCGUCGUGAAGGUGACAUGGAGGAACUCUCUCGGGUAAAUCGACCCAGUGGUGCCUCAUAACCACACAGGAGGGUCAGCUCGCGUCCCGACCUCAGCAUUUCACGUUUCAUAGACUAUGGCGGACUGCUGUAGGUCUCGAUCACUCCAGACUUUAAAAAACACAUUUUGAAUUCUUGUGUUAUUGUAGAGGGAUGGUAAAGGACUGUUGUUGGCCCUGUACUUCGUCAACUAAAUGGUGCUUGUCCUAAUAAACACUGUGUGUGGAUUGGUUGAAUAACUGUUGCCUAAUAUGGGAUUACUGUAGUAUGGCUAGAUCACGCGACAUUUGGGCCGCUAACCAUUAACACUAAUAGACUGCGUUCAGCUAAAGUGCAGAAUUGUGUUUUUGCUCAAAAUGAGGAGAAUUUUUCAAUUAACAAUAUAUAUAAGUAAACUGACCAUUGUUUUCAUUGCAUUUUCAGAUUUCAUGUCACUUGUAAAUAUUCUAUUUAUUAUCGUUGGUUGAGAGAGUGGUGUGCCGAAGAAAGACAGUGAUUAACAUAACAUUUAUAAUUAUACUGAGCUCGUUUUCUAGUCCCACAAGUCUGAACUGGUUACGGUUAUAUAAAAUUUAAUGUGUUGUAAGAAUCAGGCAUAUCCCGAGUGCUAGACUAGAUAUAGAGUGACGUCAUCACGAUGACGCAUUUCACUUCCAUUAGUGAAGUGACGUCAUCAUGAUGAUUACUCGCUCCCGUUUGUUAUUGGUGGAAGUGUCACAGAAAUUUUGUAUGUGUGCCUUUUAAUAAUAAUGUUGUACAUUAAAGAGAGUAAAAAACCGGGAGGGCAAACUCGUCCUUCAAAUAUACUUCUGUAGAUGUAUUUAUCCUUGAACGGAUCUACUUGAAAUCCAAUGUACAGUAGUAGAUUAGUUUGUUCUCAGUCAGGGUACAUUCCAUGUCGAAGGCGGACAGCACUGGCGAACUUACUACGCAGCUUUCGUAUGAGGAAUGUUGUAUGUCUAGCAUGGUCAAGAUUGUACUUCAACUACAUCAAUUUAUAAAAUAUGUUCUUAAUACAACAAAUUUAUGUGCAAUAUUUUUUAUCCAUGACAAAAAUCAAACGCAAAUCCCAUCCAUUCAAAUAUGAUUCUGUUUUAUUAUUUAUUUAUCAGAACUCCGGUUUGAUAAUUGAAAAUCAACAAUGUUUUUGUUCAGUUAUAUCAGUUUUAAGGAAUCGUAUGAUUUGGCCAUGUUGUACAUUUCUUCACUAUUGUGGACAUAAAAAAUAUUGUUAGCUAUUUUGCUGUUUUAUGCCGUGUA